UUUUUGAUUUGUUAUCUGUAAAAACUCCCGUAACAUAUUUGAUAAAAUGUCAUCAUUCCAAUAGAAAUAUCAUGCAAAACGUUAAACUAAAUUAAUUUUUAAGUUUUAUAAAUUGCAACAAAUCAUGAAUAGCUUGGGAGUGAAAAACAAUGAAAAUGAAUUAAUUCUCGAUACUCCAAAUCGUGAUGAAAUUCUUCAUUCUGGUCCACCACAAAAUUCUAAAUGCAAUAUUCUAGGCCGUGGUGCAUAUGGAGUUGUCUUUAAGGCGGUUUAUGCAGGUAAACAAGUGGCAGUCAAAAUUAUGAAAAAUGUCAAGAAUGAUGCAAUUUCUAAUGAAGCAAACAUUCUCCGCUGGCGUCACCGAAAUAUAGUGCAAUUAAUUAAAAUCGAAUCAACUGUAAACUACGGCAUUGUUAUAAUGGAACGAUUUCCUGGUCAAUGUUUACAAGGCAUUUUGAACUCGAUAGAAAUUCCACUUGAGCACAGAAUUUAUGUGGUUCUUGACAUAGUCAAUGCUUUAACACACUGCCACAAACGUAAAAUUUUACAUUUAGAUGUAAAACCCCAAAAUGUUUUAGUAGACUUUUCACCGCAAAGUACAAAAAGAAGAAAGGUCACGGUGCUCCAUGGUCGGAACUAUAUUUGCAAGAUUUGCGACUUUGGUUCAUCUGUGGUGCUGCAAGAGAACGACCAGGAAAACACACGGAAAAGAAUCCCGGGAACUGUUCGAUACAUGUCCCCUGAAGCUAUUCGAGAAGACAUCCUUUCCUCAGCAGCUGAUGUUUAUUCUUUGGGUGUGACGAUGUGGCAACUCAAGUCUCGCCAAUUGCCAUAUUUCUGGAUCGAAUGUAAUGAAAGUGUCGCAUAUCAAGUUGUUAAAACCCAUUUGAGACCAAAUCAUGCAACUUUUGAACAAAAGUUUGAAAACUUAGGAUCCGAAACAUCUUCGUUGCAUACAAAUUGUCUAUGUGAUCAUUUUUCAUCAGAGAUUUCUCAUAGAACUCUUGAUCACAUACGAUCAGCUUUAUAUAAAACCAAAACUUUAUCACCAUUUGCACCAAGAAAUAACCAAAACAACUACAGUCGGAACCGAAAUGCUCUUGAAAAGUUAAAAAGUCAAACCUCGAAAAAUCUUAUUGGGAAAUUUCAAAACACUUUUGCUGGUCUAAGGGAUAAUCUAGUGAUUGAUGAAACAACUUGUGAUAUUUUAGAAGAUCAAAUUAAUUGUGAUUUUCCACUAACAUCUUUAUUUACACCGAAGGCAAGUUCAACUUUGCCUGAAGCUGAAAAUUUAUUCGAAGAUCUUUAUAAGUUAUGCUGGUCUAGCGAACCAAAAGAACGACCUAGCACGUUACAAGUGAAGAGAAAACUCGAGAGUCUGUUCAUACCCACAAAAAAAGAGAGUUUAAAUAAAUUUCGUCUAUGAUGCUACAAAGCUUGUUUCGUGUUCUUUUAAUAAAAUAUUUUAAUAAAUUAAAGAAUAUGUUAUUUUA